CUCGGCCGAUGACAUCACGGCGGGCUGCGGCAGCGCGGGCGCGCGGACAUGGCUGCGGCGACCGCGGGCUGAAGCCCGGCCUGAGCAUCCGCGCCCGGACCCCAGGCUUCCAGCUGUCCAGCCUCCUUUGACCGAUUGCAGGGAGGCCGACGUCAGGGGGCGCCAAGGAGCCGGGGGGGAUCCUGAGGCUCUGGGGGAGCCUGAAGAGGCGCUGCCCCGGCUCCCGCCUCCCUCCGCCCCGCCCCGAAGCUGGGGCUUGGAGGAUGCAGCCGGGAAAAGCAUUAACUACAGGCAGAACAGCAUCACCCACAUGGGCGUUCCCAUUGUCUACAAUUCCAGAAAAGCUUGGCUAACUAAUUGAGAAAAUGCAGAAGAUCUUGCAGACAGAUGACAUUGCCAAUAAUCAAGUUCUUAGAAAAAGAAAGAGGAAACGGACAGAGACAAUGAACUCAGAAAAUGCAAAUAGUGACCUGGAUAAAGGACAGAGAGAUCCUUAUUCAGGAAAUGCCUUUCUGCCUGGCGAGAGUUCCAGUGAAGAUGAAACACCCUUAUCAGAACUGUCCAAGGAGGAGCUGUGUGCCAAGAUUAAAAGCCUGAAAGAAAAACUAACAAACACCCGGAAGGAAAACGGCCGACUUCGACAGUCUUUGGUCAUGCUACAAGUUUUACCCCAGGCAGUCACCCAGUUUGAAGAAUUGGUUGGUAUGGCAGAGACUCUGCUUAAGGGUGGAGGAUUUAUGUCUACGUCUGCAACCACACUCUGGAGAGCAACAAACAACUCCUCACCAGAUUCAUUUGCCUCGAUGGGCAGUAAUUCCAAUUCUAAUUCCAGCUCACCGAGUUCCUUGAAGGCUGAGGAAGAGCGGCGCCCUGAAGAGAAGCAGUUCAAGAUUGAAAAAUGGCAGAUUGCCCGUUGUAAUAAGAGCAAGCCUCAGAAAUUUAUUAACGAUUUAAUGCAAGUACUUUACACAGAUGAAUACAUGGCCACACACAGUCUGACAGGGGCAAAAUCCUCAACUUCAAGGGACAAAGUUGUGAAACCAGCCAUGAAUCAGAAUGAAGUUCAAGACAUCAUAGGAGUAACAAAACAGUUAUUUCCCAACGCAGAUGAUGUUUCAAUUAGAAGAAUGAUAGGCCAAAAAUUAAAUAACUGUACCAAGAAGCCAAAUUUAAGCAAAAAUCUUAACUCUCAGGAUAUUAAGUAGAUCCUUAUGGUAUCUGAAAUAAAGCACGUUUGUUUUAAGUUAAACACUGGAUUUUAUUGGAGAAUCUGCACCUGCCUGGCAGUGAACACAGAGGGACGUAUGCAGUGACUGGCUGUUCAGCAUCUGUAACAUCUGUAGGCUUUCCUGAUGGAGCAGCAGACCUGCAUGCAGAUUCCAUGCUAAAUACCAGUGAUGCAUCAAACCAGAGCAUUUCUGUCAAUCAAGCAUGCAGUGUGGUUUCUUUGGAAAUAUGCAUUCCCAUAUCCCAAAUGCUUCCCUAUACAACUAAUAUAAGACAGAUCUCUUCUCAUAGCACUCCAAACUUAUGCCCUUCACAUCACUCAUUGUCCUAAACAGACAUUGGACAUUUAUUAUUAUCAGUGAUUCCUCAUUAUAGCUUUUGGAUUUAACAUAAGCACAUGUUUGGAAAAACAAGACAUUGAAAUAAUACAUGUUCACAAGUACAAAAGCAGCAAAGUGAGUCUCAGCUCUGACAAUCCUGUCUUAUCGUGCAAUGAUUUUUAGCAAUAAAAUUACAGGACUAUUAUGUUAUCUAAAAAUAUGAAAUGAGAUUUUAGAAAAGUAAAAACAGCAAAACCUUUUCAAUAUUAAACUAUCCUAACAUGCUCCUGAAAA